AUGGGGAUGAGGGUCCGGGACCCCCACACUGAGCCUGAGCCCCCAGUGGGCGGGUUCGGUUCGGCUCGGCCCGGUUCGGCUCGGCCCGGCUCGGCCCCGCCCCCUCCCUGUUCCCCUUCCCCGCCCCCCUCCCCCCUCCCCAGGGCCGCGCGAUGGAGCCGGGGCCGCGCGCGGGCUGAAAAUCCCGCGCAGCUUCCGCGCAGCCGCGCGCACGGCGCCGCCAGGGCCAUUUUGGGCCGCUCGGUUCGUGAUGGUUCAUUCGCAUACGAGGCUGUUCCCUGGCAACCGAGCACCAAUCAGCCGCCGGGAUCCCUCUCCGUGGUAACCACCGUCUGGGGGGUCAGCAACACGUCGCAGAGUCAGGUUUUUGGCAGCCCCAUGGGUCCCGGUGCUGGCGGUUCUGGUGCCCCGCUGCUGCCCGGGAUGGCGGGUGCGGGUUCGGGGCUGAGCUCCCCCCAGUUCCUGGCACAGCCGCCAUUUGCGGAGCCGGCUCCCACCAAGGGCUACGUGCAGCAAAGUGUCUACGGCCGCGGCUCCUACCCCGGCGGCCCCAGCUUCACCCCCAGCUACGCGGGCAGCCCCGGCUCCAUGGGGCUCCCGGCUCACGCCGCCCGCCCGCCUCCCACCGCCGACUUCACCCAAGCGGCCGCAGCCGCUGCCGUGGCCGCAGCCGCCGCCACCGCAACAGCCACAGCCACGGCCACGGUGGCAGCGCUGCAGGAGAAGCAGAGCCAGGAGCUGAGCCAGUUCGGCGCGAUGGGAGCGGGGCAGCCCUUCGGUGCCCAGUUCCUGCCCCACGCGGCCCCACGCGGCCCCAGCAGCCUCAGCCCUGGUGGGAUGGGGGGCGUCAUGGCCCCGCUGGGCGUGGGGCCGGGCCGGGCGGCCGGUGUUGGUGCAUUGUAUGGCACACAGCGGCUGCCCCAGCACAACUACCCCGCGCCGCCCCCCCCCGCACAGCAGCUGCCCCGGCAGGGCGUCAAGCGGGCGUACGAGGGGUACCCGGCGCAGCAGUACCUGCAGGGCGGGCAGUACCCCGGCACGCAGUUCCCCCCCAGCGCAACACAGUCCUCAGCGCCGUCCCCGUCCUACCCCGGGCACAGGAUGCAGCCGGCCAUGGGACAGUACCUCUCUGCCGCGGGCGGCACCGGGGCCUAUUAUAAGGCAGCGGAGCAGUUCAAUGGGCAGAGCGGCACCUUCGGAUCCUACAGCCAGGCAGCCGUCAGUGGGCCGGGGCGGUCGGUGCCCGGUUACCCCAGCUCUCCCCUCCCUGGGAACCCCACACCUCCCAUGACACCGGGGAGCAACAUGGCGCCCUACAUGUCCCCGGGUCAGGACAUCAAGGCGCCGUUCCUGCCCGACGUGAAGCCCAGCAUGGCUGCCCUGCACUCGUCCCCCUCGGGACCCCCCGCGGGUGAGGAGCUGCGGCUGACGUUCCCGGUGCGUGACGGCGUGGUGCUGGAGCCGUUCCGCCUGCAGCACAACCUGGCUGUCAGCAACCACGUCUUCCAGCUGCGCGACUCCGUCUACAAGACACUGAUGAUGAGGUCUGACUUGGAAUUACAGUUCAAGUGCUAUCACCAUGAAGACAGACAAAUGAACACAAACUGGCCAGCUUCAGUCCAGGUCAGCGUCAACGCCACCCCGCUCAGCAUCGAGCGCGGCGACAACAAGACGUCGCACAAACCGCUCUACCUGAAGCACGUCUGCCAGCCCGGCCGCAACACCAUCCAGAUCACCGUCACCGCCUGCUGCUGCUCGCAUCUGUUCGUGCUGCAGUUGGUGCACCGGCCGUCAGUGCGCUCGGUGCUGCAGGGUCUCAUCAAGAAGCGGCUGCUGCCCGCAGAGCACUGCAUCACCAAAAUUAAGAGGAACUUCAGCAGCGGGACCAUCCCGGGGACACCGGGACCCAACGGGGAGGACGGGGUGGAGCAGACGGCCAUCAAGGUGUCACUCAAGUGCCCCAUCACCUUCCGCCGCAUCCAGCUGCCAGCACGGGGGCACGACUGCCGCCAUAUCCAGUGCUUCGACCUGGAGUCCUACCUGCAGCUCAACUGCGAGCGGGGAACGUGGCGGUGUCCUGUGUGCAAUAAGACGGCGCUGCUGGAGGGGCUGGAGGUGGACCAGUACAUGCUGGGCAUCCUGAUCUACAUCCAGAGCUCGGACUACGAGGAGAUCACCAUCGACCCGACGUGCAGCUGGAAGCCGGUGCCGGUCAAACCCGACGUGCACAUCAAGGAGGAGGCGGACGGGCCGGUUCUCAAGCGGUGCCGCACGUCCAGCCCUGCGCACAUGGUGCUGCCCAACAUCAUGGAGAUGAUCGCGGCGCUGGGGCCGGGCUCGUCGCCGUUCGCCGCCCCCCCGGCCGAGUACGGCCCGCAGGGAUCCACGUUCCCGGCCGCCUACCCCGAGCCGUUCCCCCCCGCCGCCCCCGGGACGCCGACAAUGGGGGACUUCGCCCCGCCCGCCUCAUUCCCAGCCGAGCUGCUGCCCCCCGACAAAGCGCCCGCCGCCCCCCUGCCAGGACAGCUGCCCCCCGCCGGCCGGAUGGAGCCGUCCCACAUGCACAACAUGGGCAGCCCGGCCCAGCACCGCAACGUGCCGCCCCCGCGACCCCCGGCGGGCAGCGCCGGCCCCGAUGUGACUUACAGCGCUGCCACGGGGAGCGGGGACGGGACGGAGCCUGCGCUGGAUCUGCUUCCCGAGCUGACCAACCCCGAGGAGCUGUUGUCGUACCUGGGCCCCCCCGACCUUCCCAGCAGCACCAACGACGACCUGCUCGCCUUGUUCGAGAGCAACUGACCCCCGUGGGCAGUUCGGUCCCGCUGUACAUAUGUACAAUGCAUUAAAUCCUUCCUGUCCGUGUUU